AUGCGAGAGGGAGGACAGAAGCUGCAAAAUUACACGUCUUCCGAUUAUCGAACUCAGUUCUAUAACGGAUUCAUGAACAAUCAAGGCGAAAUUUGUAUUACUAAUGUUACCGACCAAUGUGUCCUCAAUGACAAGCUUCUAAGUGAUGCAACUGCGUUCACAAAUGUCAGUUGCAAUCAGGGAAGUGUUUCAGAGUAUUACGUUCAGGUCGAGCAGGUUUCUGAUGUUGUGGCUGCUCUUAAUUUCUCCAAGGAGACCGGCAUAAGACUGUCAAUAAAAAACAGUGGACAUGAUUAUCUUGGUCGUAGUAGUCGUAAGGGAUCCUUGGCCCUUUGGAUGAAGAAGGUAUUAGGGAUGAGUUAUGACGCAUCUUUCGUACCUGAAGGAUGUAAUUCUACUCCAGUGGCCGCCAUCACGACUGCUGCAGGAGUAAAUACAAAUGAUGUUUAUGAGUUUGCGGAGACACACAAUGUCACAUUUAUCGGAGGUUAUGCAACAACAAUUGGUGUAGCGGGCGGUUGGGUCCAGGGAGGCGGACACUCCGUCCUCUCGCCUGUUUAUGGGCUAGGAAUCGAUCGAGUUAUUCAAUACAAGAUCGUUACCACUGAUGGUGUCUUCAGAGUCGCUAACGCAUGUGAAAACUCGGAUCUUUUCUGGGCCUUGAGAGGUGGCGGUGGUGGAACUUUUGGAAUCGUGAUGGAAGCCACCCAUCGUGUCGAGCCAAGAAUUCAGCUAGCUGUGGCGAUGAUUUCAUAUAAUCGCACAAGUAAUGUUAUGGAAUGGUUCUCUGUCAUUGUCAACAAUUCCUUGCCCUGGGCAAACCAAGGCUGGGGUGGGCAUUAUCAAGCUACGAAUCUGAUAAGUGUUACGCCACUCCUCAAUCUCUCCGAGGCAGUUGAAUCGAUGGCUCCAGCUACCAAAUUUGCGAAGGAGAAUAAUGGGACAGUAGUCGUAGAGGUUCUUUCCUCCUGGUAUGAUUUCUACACAAAAUAUGUGACAUCUAAUGCGGCUAGUGUUGGAAGUCUUCACCCAAUCGCAACUCGACUCAUACCGGCAUCUUUAUUCAAUAGUACUGAGGGCAGAUCAAAUUUGACGAAUUUUAUAGAAAAUUUGAUUUCUCUUGGGUACUCGCCCUACAUCCCCAACACCACGCCAUGGCUCUAUCAGUGGGAUCCAGCCUCAACGUCUGCUACGCCAGCCUGGCGGGAUUCGAUUUGGGAACUUUCGUAUGGUGGAUCAUGGAGUUAUAAUGAGACUUUGGAGCAACGACAAGCUCAAGUUAGUUUGGUCAAUAAUCUGACCACAAUAGUAGAGAGUUUCACACCGACAGGAGGUGCGUACCUUAACGAAGCUCAUCCAUGGACCAAUGAUUGGAAAGAAGCUUGGUGGGGUGCUCAGAAUUAUGAGAGAUUGCUUGAAAUAAAGGAGAAAUAUGAUCCAGAAGGGAUUUGUACCUCAUCUUGUAAGACUUAUGAUCUCUCUUACUAUCCCAGACUCUUUCCAUUUAUCAACUCAAAAAGUUCAAUCACCAUGGUGCAAAAAUUACGUCUAGCAGUUUCGCAGUCUUAUACACUCUCCACAACGUCCGCCACUCUUGCUGCUCUCUCUAAAACCACACAACAUGCCGCGACCAAAUCCAUCGAUCUUAUUUUAUUCCCAGAAGCGUAUCUAGGAGGGUACCCUCGCACAGCUACAUUUGGUGCAGCAGUCGGAGCUCGAGAUCCCAAAGGUCGUGAACAAUUCCUACAUUAUUACAAAGAUGCCGUCGAUUUAGGAGAUACGCCGGAAGGUGCAGGAAAGAAAUGGGUGAACAAAGAACUUGAGGUUGGAGAUGAUGGAAAGCGUGGAGAUGGAACAAGAGAGGAGCUUGAGAGAAUUGCGAGAGAAACUGGGGUAUUUAUUGUGACAGGAUUAGUUGAGAGGAGUGGUGGGAGUUUGUACUGUGGUGUCGUGUAUGUUUGUCCAAAAUUAGGAAUGAUUGGGAAGAGGAGAAAGGUUAUGCCGACCGGCAGCGAGAGGCUCAUCUGGGGCCAAGGGCAACCUUCAUCAUUACGAGCGGUUACGACUACAAUUCGAGGUGUGAAACUUACACUCGCAUCCGCAAUAUGUUGGGAAAAUUACAUGCCUUUGCUACGACAAUCUAUUUAUAGUCAGAACGCCAACUUGUAUCUGGCCCCCACGGCAGAUGCGCGGGAUACGUGGCUACCAUUGAUGCGGACAGUUGCAUGUGAGGGUAGAUGCGUGGUACUAAGCGCGAAUCAAUGCAUGAAGAGAUCAAAUCUUCCGAGCUGGAUAACAGGAAAUGAUAAAGACAGCGUUAUCGAAGAUGACCAUGCAGAUGGAUAUAGGCAUGCCCAAUUAAGGUCGAGAAGGAAGUCGAUCCUUACAGAUGAUGGAUGCGAAAUUGCACUUCCUCAAAGCAUAGAAGGAAUACCGGAAACCAUCGAAACUGCCCAAAAAGAUACAUCUGAUUUCAUAUGCAGAGGUGGCUCAUGUAUCAUUUCUCCUCUUGGUGACGUUCUUGCUGGUCCAGUCUGGGAUGAUGAGAAUGGUUUCUUAUUUGUUGACAUCGAUUUUGAUGAUUGUUUGAGAGGCAGAUUGGAUUUGGAUGUAGGUGGGAGUUAUUCGAGUUGGUCCAAUCGCCAUUAUUUAUUCAACAUAACAAAAUACGGACAAGCUGAGCUUGCUCAGGAAUUCGUGGCUCCUCUUGCUCUUCUUGAGGCACCAGUCUACGAGAGUAAUGUUAAGACUGACGUAUAUGUCAACCCCGCUCUUACCAGUCGCCCACAUACUUUGUGGAUUGCUGAAGAUCCGAUGGAUAUUAGUAAACACGAGAUCGCGAACACGAGGGAUAUCAUCCCCAUCAGUGAUGCGCUUGCAAGAUUCAACGAGAAGAGAAAGAUUGUUUGGGAUCGGAAUACUGUAUUGGAGACGCCAAUUUGGGAGCAGAAGAUUGAUUAUUAA